AUGACAUCUUACCGUUUUUUAGUGACAGCGAUCGAUGCGGCUGGACACGUCAAUACAGUUUUAAGAUUUUCUGAAGGUUUAAAAGCCGCUGGACAUGAAGUUUAUUUUGCUCAUCGAGAAAAACAUCGACAUUUGGCUGUUGAAGGAGGAUUUUCAUUCAUUCCGUUUGAUGAGACACUUUGGAAGGUAAAUUUAGAUGAAUUGAUGCUCCGUUUAUUUGAUCUGUCAGUUGCAAAAUUUCGCAAAGAUCCAGUUGAACGUUUGCUUGAAAAGUAUCCAAAUGAAGAGGAAGCUGACAAAUUACUCUCUAUUUAUUACGAUGUGGUUAAUCAAGCUUUGGAUAAAAUAAUUUCUGAUGAAAUUGUCAAAUUUGAUGCAAUAAUUGUUGAUUUCGUGUCACCAUCUCCGCCCUUAUAUAAGAGUCCAAUUCCUUGGUUUCCGAUUUGCUCACUGAAUCCAUUGGUAUUAUACCCAUCAGGACCUCCACCAUUUUCUGGUUACUCUGUUAACAGUGAUCAGUCCAAUUGGGAUGAAUUCAGAAAGAUUCAUCGACAAGCUCAUUCCAAUCUUAUUGAAACAGUCAAUAAAGAUUUGGAUGUUGCUGGUCUUAAACAAGCCAGAUUCAAUCCAGCAAAAUUCGUAGAUAGUCCUCAAACCAUUGGCUUCUAUCAUUAUCCAGCUGCCUUGGACUACACUGAAUGUGAACCAAUAGAACCUGGUUGGUGCCGAAUAGAUUCUCUCAUUCGUCAGCCUGAUGAUGAUACUGAUUUUGUUAUACCAGAGCGGUUGAAAGAUAAGCCUGGAAAAACUAUUUACUUCUCGUUAGGAUCACUGGCAUCAGCAGAUUUAGCCAUGUUGCAAAGGUUUAUUAGUAUUUUAGCUAAAUCACCUCAUAAAUUUAUCAUCUCCAAAGGAGCUCGAGGUGAUCAACUUGAAUUGACUGACAACAUGUGGGGUGAAAAUUUCGUGGAUCAACUUAAGGUGAUGCAAGUCGUUGAUCUGGUUAUAACGCAUGGAGGGAACAAUACUUUUAUGGAAACACUUUAUUAUGGAAAGCCCAUGAUUGUAUUUCCCUAUUUUAACGACCAAUUUGAUAAUGCACAGCGAGUUGUUGAUAAGAAAAUCGGUUUUCGUGUCAAUCCAUAUGAUUUCAAUGAAUAUUAUUUUCUCGAUUGCAUUGAGAAAAUAUUUGCUGAUGAACAAAUAAAAAAUCGAGUGGAAGCUAUUUCACAAAGCAUGAGAAACUCAAAUAGUUUAUCUGAAGCUGUAAAAAUGAUAGAAAAACAAAUUGGACUUAAAAAAGCAUCUGUACACUGA